AUGUUGUACUAUGUUGUACUAAACUAUUCUAUUUGGUCUGGGGCGUGCGAUGAAGACACGAGGCUGCAGCAGCUGCAGCACAAGAUCAACCGGACGCACCCAAUCUGUGUUCCGUCCGUGAAUGACAAGGAGACGGGCAGUCGUUUGUGUCAUUGGUCGCCGCUUGCCGAUGCAUUGGGCAGCAAUGAUCCCAAAUCCGGUGGCGAGUGGUGGGCCAUUCUUGACAAGCUAGCAGCAGAGGAUCCAGGUUGUGGCGCUGCCAUCGGCUGUCUGGUUGGCUUGGCGCUGGGCGACGCGUGUGGCGCACCGUUAGAGUUCUGUGCUGUCGAUUCCCGGCUCCCGGAUCUGCCGGCGGGGGACUUUUCGGAUUUGAGAAGGCCUUGUUUAAGUGCACAGCUGGACGAGACGGGGCAGCUGGUCUACCAGAACGCGAGGAAUAAAUUUGAUUUGAAGCUAGGUCAAUGGACAGACGAUGCCAGUAUGGCUUUGUGUCUCGCGGAUUCCCUACUAGUGCGGGGGAGAUACGAUGGAGGCGAUGUGCGAGUUAGAUGGCACAUGUGGUGGUUUCACGGAUAUUGCAAUGCCUUCCGCUACGAUGCCGAACGCCGCAAGGGUCGUGGUUCAGUGGGGUUAGGUGGCAACGUCGCGAAAUCGCUGCAGGAAAUCGAGCGCUCCGUGCAGAUCGCUCAAUCUUCCGGCCGAUUGCAGAAGAAUGCCAGUCAUGCAAGCGUCGUGCCACCCAUCUACCAGUCUUCCUCGAACGACUCCGGGAAUGGCUGCUUGGCCUGUGCCAGAGCUUGUUCUCGCAGCUGCAGCUCUCCGGUGGUGGUUGGGUCCUAUCCUAGAGCUUGUCUAACCAUGGUAGUGAUCCGGCGUGGUACAGCCGCUUUGGCUCUCCCGUCUCAGGGCGGUCUCCCUGGCAGCAUGGGAAACAACUCAGCGAGAGUAGCAAGAUAUAGCCAGUAG